UUAGAUGACCCAAUAUAGAGAAUUUGAAUGGGGCUACAUCAAUUUUUUUUUCUGUAAUAUCAAGAUCUCUUGCACACUAACGCCAACUGAGAAUGUGAAUGGAAACUAUAGGCACAUCUAUCUUUCUGACUUUUCUGCACAGCUGGUAUACAUGUGAUGUGUGUCCUGUAGAUAUAUCGCUGUAUAAUGCGUGUCCAAUGUGUCACUCGAAGUCUCAUGAUAAGCGCAAACCGGGAGAUGUGUUUCGUCUUGAGUGUUGCAUCAUUCUAAAUUUUUAUUAGUCCAUCGAGACUAUUCAUGCUUAAUAUCAGUAUUUGUUCCCUGCAUUUUGAAUAUUUUGUUGCCUUAUACAAUUACUUUAUAGCCAGAUCAUAACGGAGGUAGUCGCGAGUGCCAAUUAAAAAAAUAAAAAGAAAUGUCCAAUGUGUCCAUGCUAUAAUCAGAAAUUUUAGAUUAUAAAUAUCUAUAAUUAUUUUUUUAUAUUUAUAUUUAUGUAUUUAUUUUUAUAGUUUGCUCAGUAAUUAUUCAGAAGACCCUACUUGGUUCUCAAUUUUUGUAGUUAACGUGUUUGGUGUAAAUUACAUACAGUUAUUACAUAUAGUUACACAAUGUUUUCAAACAAACAGAUUACCACAUUUGUCUAUGACAUAAAAGAUUUUAAUUUUAUUGUUAAAUCAUGUGAGGAAAAUGAAUCUUCAUUUGAUAAUAUUUUGCGGCAAACGUGGAAACAAGCUGAACAAAUUAAAAUAUUCCGAUAUAUUUUAAAUAUAAAAGAUAGUAAAAUAUUGAAGGGAAAAUACAAAUUUUUAGCACAGUUAAAUCCAGAUAGAGCUCAAUACAAACGUGCUCCAGAAUCAAUCACGUCUACGGUACAAUCUUUUAGCUCUACACGUUUUAAUUUCACUAAACUAACACAGCAAGAGAUAUUAUUUGAUAUAGGAAAUGGCGACACAAAUGACAUAAUUGCAAUUAAUUCCAGUCCUUUGGAACAGUGUCAUUGUUUAUUUCUUGCAGAACGUUUAAAAUGUUUGCCACAAAUCAUGACAGAAUAUAGUCUUUGCAAAAUAAUAGAAUUAUGUCUGUUAAGUAAUUCAUGGUCUUUAAGGGCUUUUUUUAACGGUUUGUGUGCUCUUUCCUCUGUUAAUCAUUUACACUGGCAUUUAUAUUAUUUGAAAUAUGAGAUGCUUCUUGAAUAUAUCGAUAUUUGCAGUUAUGUAUCUGGUGUACACUUGUUGAUAGAGUAUCCAGCAAAAGGAUUCUGUCUCAAAUUAUCUGAUUUUAAAAAUAUUGAAGAUUUUGCAUCUCGUGCAUUCGUUGUAGUGAAUUAUUUACAAUUACGUCAAAUGGCACAUAAUGUAUAUAUUACACGAGCAAAAUCACAAUCUAAUGAUGAAUUGUAUAAUGAUGUACGUAUUUAUAUUUGGGUUCGAAAACCAUUCACUGGUGUAAAAGACAUAACUGCAAUUUUACCUGGAGUUUGCGAACUCUUUGGACAUUUAACAACUAGUGAUGAAACUGUAUACAAUAAUUUGGCACAGGAUGAUAUAAUUAAUCUUCUUCACGAUAUUACGGAAGAGUGUUUUUUAUUAAUCAAAGAUGAGCUUAAAAAUGUUUUGGAAAAAUAAAUAGGAACUAUAUAUAACGUGAUAAGAAUUUCUGGACAAAUAUAUUUAUAUGACUAUA